GCGGGCCGGGCCUAUACUUCUCUGCCCCUCGGCAACCCAACACAGCAGUCACCAGACAUUCGAGGCAUUUGGUAAUUUCCAUAACUGCCCUUCUAAUAAAAGCCCUAGGGAUUUUGACACUAUUCCCAACUUGCUACCCGACACACCUUAGUGUAGGUGAACUAACAAUUAAGUCUGCAUCUGAGGGAGCGGGCCAGGGGCUUGACCCUUGGGCUUUCUUCAACCUUGGCUGACCACGGCGCCCGGGCAGGGCGGCUGGCGAAGUUCAGAGCCCAAUCAGGUCACAUGGUGGCUCAGGUCCUGCAGAUGGCUUCCUUGUUUCAUCCAUGCAAAUGUUUUGGGCCCGGCCACCAACUGAUGAAGGAAAACGUGGUUUUUGGGGUGUGCUUCCAUGAGCAAUGUCUCGCUUUUUACUGUUAUCUUUCUACUGGAGCAUCUGAUUGAGGCGUCGAUGCAGAACUGGAUCUCUGUAUCAGAAAGGCUGACCCAUCUGCACCUGCAGCACAGACGUCAUAGCAAAGUUGUGGAGCUCAGCCUUGUGGAGCUCCCCACCUAUUUCAAUUUCAGGAAGAAGUCCGGAAGACCGCACCCUGAGCCAUCUUUACGAUCAUCCAUCAACUUGUGCGCAUCCUGCCAUAGUAGCUCUCGUAUUGGGCGGCCAGAUAGCUCUGGGUUCGGUCUUUACACAGGAGUAGAUACCUAGUUGUGGACACUUGAGUCAGGCGUGCCGGUCGUGAUUCCCAAUCUUGGGGUGUACCUAGGUUAUCGCUUGGUGUAAACGCCCUGCUCACUCUCGUCGUCAUGGAGACUAGCAAGGCGGCUGAGCUCGAGAGACUACUAGUUAGGAAUCACCGUAUAGUUUUGCGGCACGCAGCAGAAUACACAACAAGGCAACCUAGAAGACGCACCCAGUGGUUGUCUCACCCGAGCACAAAGGCCAGAUCGUCUAAAC